GCGCCGCAGCGCAGGCCAGCGGCGCGGCUAGCGCGAGAAGGCGGAUCUAGCCAGUGUGGAGGCCCGAGCGGCCUCAAGCCCUCCGCCACCAUGAGCGGGACCUUAGCGAAGAUCGCGGAGAUCGAAGCCGAGAUGGCUCGGACUCAGAAGAACAAGGCCACAGCACAUCACCUUGGACUGCUUAAGGCUCGCCUUGCUAAGCUUCGAAGAGAACUCAUUACUCCAAAAGGUGGUGGUGGCGGUGGGCCAGGAGAAGCCUGUGAACUCCUGGAUCUCCCGGGUAUUAUUGAAGGUGCCAAGGACGGGAAGGGUAGAGGCCGUCAAGUCAUUGCAGUGGCCCGAACGUGUAAUUUGAUCUUGAUUGUUCUGGAUGUCCUAAAACCCUUGGGACAUAAGAAGAUAAUUGAAAAUGAGUUGGAAGGCUUUGGGAUUCGUUUGAACAGCAAACCCCCCAACAUUGGCUUUAAGAAGAAAGACAAAGGAGGAAUUAAUCUCACAGCCACUUGCCCUCAGAGUGAACUAGAUGCUGAAACAGUGAAGAGCAUCCUGGCUGAAUAUAAGAUUCAUAAUGCUGAUGUGACUUUGCGUAGUGAUGCCACAGCUGAUGACCUCAUUGACGUGGUCGAAGGAAACAGAGUUUAUAUUCCCUGUAUCUAUGUAUUAAAUAAGAUUGAUCAGAUCUCCAUUGAGGAGUUGGAUAUUAUCUAUAAGGUGCCUCACUGUGUACCGAUCUCUGCUCACCACCGCUGGAAUUUUGAUGACCUUUUGGAGAAGAUCUGGGACUAUCUGAAACUAGUGAGAAUUUACACCAAACCCAAAGGCCAGUUACCAGAUUAUACAUCUCCAGUAGUACUGCCUUAUUCUAGGACCACAGUGGAAGAUUUCUGCAUGAAGAUUCACAAAAAUCUCAUCAAAGAAUUUAAAUAUGCUUUGGUCUGGGGUCUGUCUGUGAAACAUAAUCCUCAGAAGGUAGGUAAAGACCAUACACUGGAAGAUGAAGACGUCAUUCAGAUUGUGAAGAAGUGAAGUCCUCUGCCCACCUUCGGGCUUGCCACAGCAGCGCUCCUAUGACUAAGUACCUUCCUCAACCCUUCUGGCUUUGGCAGCCUCUGGAGUGGGGUGCAGGGAUUGAUACGGAGACUUCCCAGCUGAAACACCACCUUUUCUUUUUUUUUUCCCCCCCGGAGAUAGGGUCUUACAUAUUUCAGGCUGGCUUUGAACUCUUUGCAGCUGAGGCUGGCCUAGAAUUGCUUUCAUCAGCCUCCAUUUCUCAAGUGCUGGGCUUACCACUGUGUACCUGUAACACCUUGGCAACAUCACCCUCCCUACUUUGGUGUCACUUCUGUUGAACUGUAUAAAGAACUUGGUGGGCCCGUU